AUGCUGCCCGAGGUUUGCCCGAGCAGCGCCGUGGCCGCGGCGCCCAGCCAUUUCCCUGGCGAAAUCUUCGCGGCUCUCCUCCUCCUCCUCCUCCUCCUCCUCCUCCUUCUCCUGCUCCUCCUCCUCCUGCCGUGCCAUGUCAGCGCCAGCUCCCGAACGUCAUUGCCAGGGGGUUGCCGCGAAGUUGGUUUCACAAGCGCGCGUCUACGAUGCGUGUGCUUUUUUUUGCUCGCAGGUGGUAACUUUUCUCAUUCGGUACAGUCUGCGGGUGAGGCAGAGGCGCGCGGUGGGAAAGCGACCCAGUGUCGUGCCGCCUCGCUACCUUAG